CAGAGACGCAGACAUUGCAAACAAUAUUUAAAUUCUGUUUUCCGUCGAUUUUCUUCCCAAAACCGCUAUGGGCCGCAGCAAAAAAGGAGAAAAUAAGAAUAAUAAUGGAAAAAAGAAUGUGAAAAACAAGUUGGGCUAUGCGCGAGCCGAACAUCUCCAUCGAUGUGCGAUUUUUCUGUCAAAACUCGGCUCCAAAAACAACGACGGAUUCUCCAAAACGAGCCGGCACGUUUCAAAGCUCUGCCGACAGGUUAUGGACACGGAAAUGGUGCAUUUGGACUGCGAGCAGAAGCAGCAAUUUUGCAAAAUUUGCCGGGAGGUUCUCGUCGGAAAUUACGAAAAAACCGAAAUCUCUGUGAAACAACGCGGAUCUGUCACCGAGAAGUGCGGAAAUUGCCACAAAGAGCGGAAUUACAUGACGAAAGCCGGAUACGGAGAGACGCUCAAGGAAAAGCUGGAAAAGCUGAAAAAACAAUAAUUAAACUAAUUGUUUUAGGUGUUUUACGGGUAUUUUAUGCAGAUAAAUUGUUAUUUUUUGC